AUAUAUAUAUAUAUAGGAUAUAUAAAUAUAUAUAUCCUUCUAUAUAUAUAUAUAUCCUUCUACAUAUAUUCACAAUUUGUAGGUAGUACAAGAACUGAAAAAUAAUUUUUGGUUGCCAGUAUACCUGUAGUCGUUGCACUGAUCAGUCGAUAGUUUUGUGAUAAAUUAUUUCUCAAGUGAAUUAAAUUAUUAACCAUGGGACGUGAUUCUAGAAAGGUUUCAAGAGAACUUCGGAGUUCUGAAAAAAUUAAUAAGUCACGUUCAGUCAAAAGAAAGAAUGUUUUUAAUCCGAAAACAGCCGAACGUGAUGAAAGUAUUCAGAGUACAUCUUCUAAAAAAUUAAAACAAAACACUGAAGAUGAUGUACCUGAAGACAGCAGUACUGAAUUUCGAAUAAUAAAUUUUAUUCAGGUAUUCACUGCAAUUUCUGCUCUUAUAAAAUGUAAAAAAUGUGAUGGAAAUGUAGUGUUUCAAACAGCAAGUACACGUGGGCUGGGAUUCAAAAUUGUAGUUGCAUGUAAUAACUGUGGAAAUGAAUAUAUUCCUUCCUGUUGAAAAUAUGAAAUCUGCUAUAAUGGCAACCUUUUAUCACUACGGCUCGAGUGAUGAAAAACCGAAUCAUGAUAUGUGUCCAAAAGGCGAAGAAUCUUGGUGCUCUUACCAGCGCGCUGAAGCAAGAGGAGAGCUUGAUACCUUUUCUCACGAUUAUUCUCCUUUACCUUCUGAUGUUUUAAAAGCUAUCAAGCCUAUAUACGAAGAUCUUAGUAAUGAAAAUUUACUUUCAAGAUGUGUAGGUGGAUUCAAUCAGAAUAAUAAUGAAAGCUUUAACCAACUAGUAUGGAAAAUAUGCCCAAAAACGGUAAAUACUAGUUUUACUAUCGUACAAAUAGCUGCAUACGUUGCUAUGUGUAUAUUUAAUGAGGGUAUAAAUUCAUUAUUAGUCUUGAUGAAUACACUAGGACUUAAUUGUGGGCCUAAUUCUCAUCGGUAUGCAGAAAGAAUGGAUGCUGCACGUAUCAAAGUAGCAGAUAAGCGCGCUAAUGAUAACACCCGAGAAGGUCGAUUGCAACGUAGGCACCAGCAAAUCGAUAUUUUGGAAGCUGCUAUGUCGGCUGAAGAGCUAUUAUAUGGUCCAGGAAUAGAUGACUCAGUAUGAAUCUCCAAGGACUUAUGAUGAUCACCGCAAAGGACUUCGGGAGGAACGGGCUCUACAAAAACAGCGAUAACUUUUUGAAUUAUUAAUUUUUUUUUUUGAAAUUUUCGUGAAGUCAAAUCGAAACGUGUUCUAAUAAAGCUAUGUUUUUAUUUUUGUCAAAUAAAGUAAUUAACUACAAAAAAAAAAUUAUUGAAAAUCAUCAUUUUUUCAUACCCCUGAGUACCCCU